AUGUGACGGUGAAUAAUUUUCCCAGCAGAUGAGUUUACUGAAAAAAAUCUAUAGGUUAAUAGCCUAAUGCUACAAAUUUUUCCCAUAAAAUGGCAUAGAGCCUAAAGGUAUCAUCACAAGCCCUUUAAAUUUGAUUCCUUAAAAAAAAUAUAGCUUAAACUUUGCAAGUGAUAUGGGUUCAGUUCGAGCUACAAAGCCCCAUGCAGUAUGUGUCCCAUUCCCAGCACAAGGCCAUGUAUCACCCAUGAUGCGAUUAGCCAAGCUCCUUCACUCAAGGGGCUUCCAUAUAACCUUUGUUAAUACUGAGUUCAACCACAGACGCUUAAUCAGAUCCAAAGGACUUGACUACGUAAAGGGCCUACCUGAUUUCCAGUUUGAAACAAUACCAGACGGGUUGCCACCGUCCGAUCGUGAUGCAACCCAAGAUAUCCCAGCACUAUGUGAUUCCACAAGAAAGAACUGUUUGGUCCCUUUCAAAGAGCUAGUGCUUAAGCUCAACUCGUCCUCUGAAGUGCCUUUGGUUACUUGCAUAGUUUCUGAUGGCGUCAUGAGUUUUGCUAUUAAAGCUGGAGAAGAAUUAGGCAUCCCAGAGGUUCAGUUUUGGCCUGCCUCAGCUUGUGGCUUCAUGGGAUGUCUCAACUUCGCUGAACUCAUCAAAAGAGGCAUUCUUCCAUUCAAAGAUGAAAGCUUCAAAGAUGAUGGAACACUUGACAAACCAAUAAAUUGGAUCCCGGGAAUGAAAAACAUCCGGCUUAAGGACCUCCCUACCUUUAUUAGAACCACUGACAUUACUGAAACAAUGUUUGAUUUUCUGGGAUCAGAAGUACAAAAUUGCUUAAAUUCUUCCGCGAUCAUCUUCAAUACAUUUGAGGAGUUUGAACAUGAAGUCCUAGAAGUACUUUUGGCCAAAUUCCCUCAUGUUUACAAUAUAGGCCCACUUCACUUACUAGGUCGGCAUGUACCUGAGAGCCAUUUCAUGUCUCAAGGUUUAAGCUUAUGGAAAGAAGACUCCAAAUGUCUCCAAUGGCUUGAUAAAAGGGAGCCCAACUCAGUUGUGUAUGUAAAUUAUGGAAGCAUAACUGUGAUGUCAAACCAACACUUGAAAGAGUUUGCAUGGGGCCUUGCAAAUAGCAAGCACACAUUUUUGUGGAUAGUUAGGCCUGAUUUGGUAAUGGGAGAUUUAGCAAUCUUGCCUGAAGAAUUUUUUGAGGAGACUAAGGAUAGGGGAUUCUUAACAAGUUGGUGCCCCCAAGAUAAAGUGCUAGCACACCCAUCCAUAGGGGUUUUCCUAACACAUUGUGGUUGGAAUUCUACAUUAGAAAGUGUAUCUGCUGGCGUGCCUAUUAUUUGUUGGCCUUUCUUUGCCGAGCAACAGACAAAUUGUCGGUAUGCUUGUACCACUUGGGAGAUUGGUGUGGAGGUUAAUGAGGAUGUUAAACGUCAUGAGAUUGAAGCACUUGUUAAGGAAAUGAUGGAAGGGGAAAAGGGACAUGCCAUGAGGCAAAAAGCUAGGGAAUGGAAGAAGAAAGCAAUGGAAGCAACUAAUUUUGAAGGAUCAUCAUAUAAGAACUUUGAAAGAUUAAUUAAGGAGGUUCUCCUCGUUGGUGAGUGAAGAGUCAAACUGUCUUGUGAGAAAACUAUAAUCUUAUGUUUACAUCUAUAAUAAUACCAUCAGAUCAUAUUUCGCCAUUGGUGUGGUAGAAUAGAACAUGGGUUCAGCCUAUUAAUUUUUAUUAUGUAAUUUUUUAAGAUUAUAAUUUAAGGUUUUAUUUCCUUGA